GCCAGUCGGGUCGGUCUGGUCGACGGUAGCGGGCGAUCGUCGCGCCGCCCAGUGUCUCGCGGUUCAUCGAUCAGUGUGGUGUGUGUCGCGCGUUGUUGUUCCGGGAGAUCUUUUUUUUCCUCCCCCUCUCCCUCGAGCGGUACGUCCGUCCCGACGUUUGUCACGGGUAUACUGCCCUCGCGCCGUCGUCUCGCGCGGAGCGUCGCCGUCCCUCGCGCCUGGCCGCCUUCCGCGUUCCCCGUCGAUUCGUGCGCGUGCAUACGGGACGGGCGCCGGGCGAGCGGGGCCCAUCGGGAUCACAGGAUAGAAAGAUGCGGCUAAGGAUACGCUGGAUACUUCUGGUCAGCACGGCCGUGGUGAUCAUCGCGGGAUGCGACGCCGCCACCGAGAAGGAACAGAGCGACAGCAAACAGAGGACGUCUGCGAGCUCGACUUACAACACCUUCCCGGAUGACCUGUACCUGGAUGAUCAGGACGCCUUAGAGGGUUCCGGCCGAGGUGGCGGCGACAAUCGCGACGACCUCGAGGCCUCGGGCAGCGGCCUUGGCCCUGACGACGAGGACGGGGACGAUGACCACGAGUUUACCGGUAACAAUGGAUUAGAGGUCCCGAGCAAGCCGACCGAAGCGAGACCUCCUCCGUACAUCAUCGAUGAGACAAACGUCAAAACUAAACAGACGACCAUUGACACCGUGAACCGACCCGGCAACGAGGCCAACGUAAUCGAGCCCUCGGGCACGGAAGACGAUCACGCCGACAACACCGACGACAUCCACGAGGUCUAUAUCAUGAAUCCGAAACCAGGGGACCGCACCAGCUCGUUCUUUGCGCAGCCGGGCGUGCUAGCCGCUGUGAUCGGCGGCGCGGUAGUGGGCCUCCUCUGCGCGAUACUGGUGGUCAUGUUCAUCGUGUACCGGAUGCGCAAGAAGGACGAGGGCUCGUACGCCCUGGACGAGCCGAGGAGAUCACCCGCGGCGCAGGCCUUCCCUAAGCCGGGCGCGCCUCACCACAAUCGGGAGUUCUACGCUUGAGGCGUCGGCGGCGGCGCGACGGCGACUUGGCCGAUUCCUCUCGCGAUCUCACGAUGCCGAGUCGAGUAAAGACCCACCGACGAUCAACGCCCGCUUUCGGAAUCCCCGCUGGUCGAUGGUGAAACAAUUACUACGGCAAACCGCACGGCACGCGCUCAUAGACUCUCUCCCCAAAACGCAAAGUUUUACCCGAGGAACGUCGCUCAGAAACGUCGGCCGAUUCUCGAUUACACGGAACCCGCCCUUGGUCGGCGCCUGCCGAUAUCAUCCCUUGUUCUUAGCUUUAAAUCGACCGUUAUAACAUAUCCUCGCUUAACUACCUGGAUCCUUUGCCGUUUCCCUCCUCGGAAGGCCAAUUUUUCACGAUUCUCCCGAGCUUCCCCCCCCCCCCCCAUGAUUUUGAAAGCUCGACCCGAGCCCGAGCCGCGACAACGACGUUAGCGCGCCGUACGACUUCUCGGCCGCCCGAAUUCCCCUUGACUCUGGGAAACUGUAUUUUCUUACACGCUGUAUCUCGUCGUGUUCAAAGAAAGAUGUACACGAGUAAGAGGGUCUGAGACAAGACGAAUUCGCGGCUCUCGGCCGAUGGACCGUUCGCCGAACUCUUACAGCUUGACGCUCCGGUUCGCCCUUUGCACAAUACCCUGUACAGACUUUCCUUUCCCUUUCCGUUAGCCCGACUUUAACUCGCUGAUCUCCGAAAAGAUUCUCUUCGGAGUGUAAUCAUCCCGGCUGGUGACUGAAGCGACGGACAAUGAACGGCGAGGAGUACACGCUCUCGCGUAUAUCCCGUCGAGACACCGUCGGCGAGGUUGCACCAAUUCCAAGAUGCAUUUACAAGCGUAUUUAGAGAGCGUAUAUAUAUUAUAUAUACAUAUAUAUAUAUUUACGUGUAUGUAUACGUAUAUACAUGUACAGGACUGAGAGCGUGAAAAUUCGUGGGCGAUAAACGCCGCUGCUAUGUCGUUAAUCAUUCUGUCUCCCGGUGGAAGGAGGGAAGGGAAGAAGGAUCGUUGCGGCGUCGUGAUUUCUCUCCGACAGUAAGAGCAGCGAGGAGUUAAGCUGCAACCUCGUUCGCGCGUCGUUGCUAUUUUUUCCCGUUUUUUUAAGUUUACAAUAUUUACUUGUUUGAACAAGCGUUUAAUACCGAGUUCGACAGAGAUUUAGGUCUUUUAUUGCACGCUCGCGUUCCGAUAGAGGCGAAAACGGCGGGACUCGUCGACCAUAUUGAUCGAUUGCAGAGAGGAUAAAAAGGGCGCCUAUAUUAAGAAUAUGUGUUAAGCAUUAAUCGUAGCGCGACCGCAUCGACCCACAUCACAUAUUCCGAGAGCAACAAAAAGAAUAUUUUACGUCAGUGCAUUUCUAUACAUUAUACAAUUAUACGAGAUCGUUUGGAAUUUAUUUACGGUCGAUCGGUCGCUGGUACUGUACAUAUCGUUAUAAAAAAUAGUGAUUAUUUCUGAAAUUUAUAUGAGAUUUUAUACGUAUUUUCUCUGCGCAGCUUCUCUCUUCGUUUCGUUGUACGCUAGAAAGAUAAACAGAUGGCCGUUCGUAUCUCGAGUUAGUCUCGUUAUCUUUCCAUUCUUCUCGAUUCAUUACGAUUGUCACUAAUAUUGAUCUCUAAUUAGCUUUCUGCGUGUUUCUUGCGCAAGAUAAAUGUAUCUUAAAUUUUUAAAUCAAGAUUCGAUGGUAAUUGAAAACGUAUACAAAUUUGCUCGCAGUUUGGAUCAUUUUAUUGUUUAGAUAACUGCUUCGUGUAAAUCAUGUUCAAUAUAUCGAGAAUUUGUGUAUAAACACAGAAACUCCCAAUAAUUGUGAAUAUCACGUUUCACAUGUACGCCGGGCAUUUAGUAAGCUUCGUCAGAAUCCUUGUGCUGUACGAAUCGCCAAUUCGCAAUUAAUGCAUUUUUUAGUAAAUAAAGUAAAUUGUCAGUCAGCGUGCCAUAUAUCUUUUUGAAACGCGAACCAGCAGCCAUGCGUGCGUGUGUCGCCAAUAGCGCGAUCGACGUGUCCCAACUUCCAGACCGUAUUUCUUCAGAAAUAAAAUGCAGCUCUUAAACUCAGCUCUAAAACAUAGAGGAAUUCCUUUGUAGAGACUGAAUAUAUUUUUCAUUUUUCCGAUGCUCGGGAGCAUUGGACGAGCAGAAAUAGCUCGUGGGGGUCCAUUGAAUCAUAUUUGCAUGGCAAUGGGACGUCACACCCUCCUUCCACCCGUAAGAUAAAACAUCCCACUUUUAUUACCUGAAUCGACUCGGAUAAAAAUUCUUAAUACAUCCGUCUGGGGAUUAUCUCGUCUUAGAGAUUCUAACGACGAGAAGUCAUGUUGCCAUAAAGUGAAAGAUAAGUGCUGCGCUUGAGCGGCACGAUUACCCACGACACGAGAAGUGAAGAGACACGUGGUUCCUUCUUGUCCCAAGAACGGUACGAUAGCGCGCACGCCUUAGCACGACAGAAAUGAUGCCAUAAUGCUGUAUUAGAAAGCGAAAGGGAACACGCGAAAAGCGAUACAAAUGCGUAUAUUCGUUCGUAUCGGAAGUUUUUUCCAUGCCGACAUUCGUCACGCGAUCGAUCCGCAUCGCGGAGUCCACUUAUUUAUUAACGGUUUUUUUCUCUCCUCUCCAUUUCACGUGGGGUCUCCUUGGCCGUUUUGCCUUUUCCGUUAAUUUUUUAUCCCCCCCCCUCCCCUCCUCCACGGACGCACUUGAAUCUCUUUUUUUUUUCUUCUUCCCUGACAGUACGUGAGCGUCGUCUUUUCGCAGAAUCCGAUCCGUCGCGGAAAAUCGGACACGUUGGAGUAAUUUAAAAGUAUAUCAUGCCGAUACUGCCACAUGUACUACGUAAGGAACAGCGAUUUGGUACGAAACUCACGAAUCCGCCUUAUAAUCACGUUGUUUGCCAUCUCACGGUACUCUCAACCCCCAUCAUCCUGCAAGUUCUUGACCCUUCCGUUUCUCUUGAGCUGAUUCUUACGUCCGGAUGUGCCGAUCACGAUUACUACUAUGAAAAGUGUAUAGAGUCUACUAAACCGCCUUAUUUAUUUUAUUAUCGAGAAUAAUGUAGCUCCCUCUCAUCCACGACGAAUUUAUUGCCUCAAUUUAUCCUCGUUGAACAUGCGCCAUGGUGUUGUUUCUCCGCGGCAUAUCACGACAUAAUUUUUUUUACUUGCAUUUCAAUCGAUGAAAAGUCACUUGUACGCGAACGAAGCCUCGAGAUUUAUUUCAACGACUCGAUUUUGCUAAAUUUAACGAAUUCUUUUUCACAGAAUCUGUUUUAGUGUAUCUAAAUUCGGAAUGGUACACAUAGGAAAUCAACCAAUAAGGAUAAUAACGAUAAGAACAUUAGUAACGAUAGUUAGAUAUAAUGCCGAUUAUGAUCAAAGAAAUACCCCUAUUCUCCCCUUUAUAAGUUAUUAUUAAGUCGGUACUCCUUUAUUGUACUACUUUCGUUUAAAUUUGAUUUUCUAAUGUGGAUCGAUUAGAUUCCUCCAAUACUUCACACGACUCUUUCAUCAAUCUAACUUUUUCAAAAUGUUUUGAAAUACUCUUUUAUCUACAAUCGUCCUGUUUUCUCCGUCAUUUUUGAAAAUUUCCCCCUCCCCCUCCCCCUCCCUCUCUCUCUCUCUCUCUCUCUCUCUCUCGGAAACCACUGUCUCGUGUGAAGUAAACGAGGAAAGACCUAGAAAUUGGGGGCUCGUAAUCUCUAUUAAUAAUCGUACAUGAUAUAGAUGAAAUUGUUCGUUAGAUAGUAAUUAAUUGACCCCGUGGUGUCGCUUGCCUUAGCUUUUGCUAGCUUACGCUUCACCACGCGGCCAAUUAACGUCUGAGAGAAAUUAAGCGAAGAGGAGAAGAAAAAUAAUAAUUGUAAUGAAAUCAUAUUUUAUAAGAAGACGUAAUUCCGUAAGAACACUAUAGCAAUGAAAAGUCUGUCUAAUACUAGGCAAAGCCCAUAGGCCAGGUGGACGAAUGAAAAUAAUUUUAAAAGUGGAUUAAUAUUUAAUAAUAACGAUAAUAUUAACAAUGUUAUUUUUUAAGUGUAAGUACUGUCAUCCCAUCGCUCCUCUUCCUCUUUUUCCUCCUCCUGUUCCUCUUCGUCCUCGUCCUAUUGCUCCCUAACUGGUCUCUAUAUUACAUAUAUGUGUAUAUAUCUCCGUCUAUGCACGAACCCACAAAAUACGUAUAUACAUGUAUAUGUACUUAUAUAUAAAUAUAUAGAUACAUUAUACUUGCUCGCGCAACUGCGAUAAAACGCAUUUGUUUCGGUUUUUCCCACUAAAGUGUUUUAUAUCAUUCUCCCACGUUUUCCUUCUGAAAUUUAAAAUCGAUCUCCUACCACGUACGUAUAUAAUCGCAACGAUAACAGGCCAGCGAGAGACACAAGCUUCUUACUGAAAUGCAAAAGAUGGAAUAUAUCCACGUUAUCGCUGUUGCGGACAUCAAAGUAAUUAUUACGUUGUUCUUAAUUAACGGGGAUUAAUAAUUGCACUAUAUUAGUAUAACAAACAAUAAUGUAUGUCGUCGCUCCUAUUCUGUAAAUAAAUACUAUACCGUCUAAGGAAA